AUGUAUAGUCUACGAAACUCAAUGUGUUAGUGUUGCUGCAGCCGUCUUAUCUUACGGUUUUAUAGAAAGCUAUUUGAGUGAAAUAUUACUGAUCUGCUUAGGGACAUGUUUCCCCAAGCAGAACGACAAUUAAUUUCCAUUUGGGAUAAAAAAAAAAAAAGGUAUUUUUGAAUUGAUUUAUAAUUUAAUAGUAUUACUUUUUUUUCUUCCAUCCAUCUUUCAAAUAUUCCUUUUUGCUCCUGAAAGAAGAUUGUUUCUUGUUUAUGGUGCCUUUUGGACGCUUACUAAGUAUUUCGUCAUAUUUUACAACCACCUGCAACCAAUCACUUGAACUCUUGAGCAAGUAGGGCUGUAGACAGACAAUGAGCAGCACAGCUUCACUUCUCAACUGUACCACAGACUUCCGAAGUGAUACAGUGCUGCUGAACCUGGACGACUGGACUAACCUGUCCUAAAGCAUUUGAGGGACAACUGCAGCCAUGAAGGUUCUCUGUAUGCUGCAGCUGGCCUGUUUGGUUGGCUUCAGUGCUGCCAGAACCAGAGAGUGGGCUCACCACGGUGCCCCAAUGUUUGCCGACCUCACCGUGCCGGAGAUGAAAGCCAUCCGAUCCUACCUGCACAGCAUUCCAGAGAUGAAACUGACAGAUGCUCGAAGUAAAACUCUGAAGAAGAACAGUAUCCUAUUAAUGGAACUCCACUUACCAAAGAAACACGAGGCCCUGAGAUCACUGGACCGCGGUCAGGCCAAACCCCCCCGCCAAGCUCGAGUGAUCGUCCAGUUUGGGAACCAGAACCCACCGAACAUCACAGAGUACAUUGUGGGACCGCUUCCGUACCCAAGGUCUCAUGAAGUCAGAACCUUCAAGGGAAAUAAACCGGUCCAAUUUGAGUCCCGGCCAAUCACCGGUGUAGAGUAUGACCAUAUUGAAAACCUCCUGCAGAAGAUUGGAGCUCAAGCUUAUAAGCUUCUUUUUGAGACUACAGGAGGCUUUUCUUACACAAACUGUUCCAACCGCUGCCUGACGUUCUCAGACAUCGCUCCCCGAGGCCUUGCUCCAGGUGAAAGAAGGACAUGGAUCAUGCUGCAGAAGUUUGUAGAAGGUUAUUUCAUUCAUCCAAUUGGAUUUGAAGUAUUGGUCAACCAUCGGGAUUUAGAUCCAGAAAAGUGGACGGUUGAGAAGGUCUGGUACAACAGCAUGUAUUUUGACAGUGUCGAGGAACUGGUAGAGAAGUAUGAAUCGGGAGAAGUGGAGAAGCUGAAACUGCCGGAUCACAACGAUGACGACCUUUACUCUACGUACAUACCUCGAGGUCAUAGUCACACACCAACUAAUGUUCACGGGCCAAAGCUUGUUGAGCCCCAGGGACAUCGCUACGCCAUAGAUCGUAACUUUGUUGAAUACGCUGGGUGGUCCUUCGCCUACAGAGUUCGCUCAUCGGCUGGCCUACAAGUCUUUGACCUUCGCUUUAAUGGAGAGAGGAUCGCUUAUGAGAUCAGUCUUCAGGAAGCUAUAGCAUUCUAUGCUGGGGAUACUCCUGCUGCCAUGCAAACAAAGUACAUCGACGCAGGCUGGGCAAUGGGAACCUCAACCUACGAACUGGCACCUGGAAUCGACUGCCCAGAGAUCGCCACCUUUGUCGAUCUUUAUCAUUACUUUGACACAGACAAACCCACGCACCACAAGAAUGCUCUGUGUAUUUUUGAGAUGACCACUGCCAUGCCCCUCCGGAGGCAUUUUAACUCCAACUUUCAAGGAGGAUACAACUUCUUUGGAGGUCUGGAGAACACUGUGCUGGUGUUGCGAACAACUUCAACAGUUUACAAUUAUGAUUACAUCUGGGACUUCCUGUUUUACCCCAAUGGAGUGGUGGAGGUGAAAGUCAGUGCUACCGGAUACAUCCAUGCCACUUUCUUCACACCUAAUGGACUUCACUAUGGCACAAAAGUGUACGACUACGUGCUGGGCAACCUGCACACUCACCUUAUCCACUACAAAGUGGACCUUGAUAUUGUUGGUCAAGAUAACAGCUUUGAAACGAUAGACCUGAACUAUGUGAACUUCACCAAUCCGUGGAGCCCAAAUCAUUUCAUCGUCCAGUCCAAACUUCACAGGACGGAGCACAAGACGGAGCGAUCGGCUGCAUUCCGCUUUGGCAAAAAGUUCCCUCGCUAUGUGCACUUUUACAACCCCAGUGAGAAAAACAAGUGGGGCCACCAGAAGGGUUAUCGAAUUCAGUUUAAUUCCCAUGCACACAGUGUCCUUCCUAAAGGCUGGAGAGAGGAAGUUGGCAUCAGUUGGUCAAGAUAUCCUCUGGCUGUGACGCGCCACAGGGACAGUGAAGCCACCAGCAGCAGUAUCUUCACUCAGAAUGACCCCUGGGAGCCUGCAGUGUCCUUUGAGGACUACAUCCGCAACAAUGAAAACAUAGUCAACCAGGAUCUGGUUGCCUGGGUUACGGUGGGCUUCCUACAUGUACCUCAUUCAGAAGACAUCCCCAACACGGCAACACCCGGCAACGCGGUGGGCUUCUUCCUCCGACCCUUCAACUUCUUCGAUGAAGAUCCCUCUCUAGCAUCCAAAAGCACCGUCAUCGUCCGGCCGGGGCAGGACGGCAAACCUAAAGUUCAGAGGUGGACACCGGAGGUCGUAGGUCACUGUGUGACAGACAAGCCAUUUUUUUACAACGGAACCUACGCUGGAGUUUAGAAACGUAGAGUGCGACAUAGUGUCACACUGUACACUGUUUGUCAAUGCUGAAGGAAAAACACAGGAAUCAGAAUUAUAAUGCUGUAUGAGUAGAAAAGCAUAUAGACGUGUUUUAUUUCCUUUUUUAUAUAUAUAUUUUUUGUUUCACAUUUUUGACAAAAUGUUUUUCAAAAGAAAAACUUGAUCAACGACAAAUUUGUAGACAACAGAUAGAACACUGCAUGUUGAAUUUAAUCUACACCUUCUUUGUAUGUUUGUCGUGUUCUUUAUUUUGAAUUGAAUUUAACGGGUUGUGUACCUACUGUUAGGCAGGUACUGCUGGGUUGAGUACUCUACUCUAUGGCAGGGUAGGGUACACACCUGAUGGUAUAAGAAGAUAAAAGAUACUAUGAGUCGACAUUUGGGAACCAUUCUAAUCCCACAUUGGGUCUCCAUGGAUGAGCUUUAGCAACAGUGAGCAUCCAGGAUUCAGGAUCCUCCACAUCCGCCCUGCCUGGUGUUAAGACUGCUGCCUCCUCCACCCCCUCCACUGUGGGGGUGGAGGGCAGGGAGGACACCCUGCCUGCCCCCAUGCCAGGAAUGUUUUCACUGGAGACACAUCAGGGCUUGAAAAGCAAACAGUGCGAUUCCGGAUGCUUCCAAGCAAACACAUCAGGAUGCCACAUGGUUGUGCUGUUGCCCCUGGAAACCAACGUUUUACUGUGCAGAGCUCUGCCUCUCAUGUAUGCAUGUAUUCCUAACUUUGUACUUUGGUGACAAAUCAAACUGUCUUGAUCUAAUUGCAUGUUAAAUAACUGAACUACCUUGUAUAUGAUUUCAAGGCAAAUCUUGGUCUUUUUUGCUGAUAUUCUAUACUUCAGAACACAGAUCCAAUUGGUUGUGCUGGAUUGGUUAUUGUUGCAGCCAGCUGGAUUGUGAGAAGAGUAAACAUCUUGUGCUUUGGAAUAAAAGAAUCCUC